AUGGAUUUGACCGUGGAACCUAAUUUGCACUCUUUGAUUAACUCAACCACCCACAAGUGGAUUUUUGUUGGUGGUAAAGGUGGUGUUGGUAAGACCACAUCAUCAUGUUCGAUUGCCAUCCAAAUGGCUUUGAGCCAACCAAACAAACAAUUCCUACUGAUCUCCACAGAUCCUGCUCAUAACUUAAGUGACGCAUUUGGUGAGAAAUUCGGUAAAGAUGCUAGAAAGGUAUCAGGCAUGGAUAAUUUGUCAUGUAUGGAAAUCGACCCAUCCGCUGCUUUGAAAGAUAUGAAUGACAUGGCUGUUUCCCGUGCAAAUUCCAACGGAAGUGAUGGUCAGGGCGACGACUUAGGAAGCUUGCUACAAGGUGGUGCCCUUGCCGAUUUGACCGGCUCCAUUCCUGGUAUCGAUGAAGCUUUGUCAUUUAUGGAAGUCAUGAAACACAUUAAGAGACAAGAACAAGGGGAAGGCGAAACCUUUGAUACGGUCAUCUUCGACACAGCCCCAACCGGACACACGUUAAGAUUUUUACAAUUGCCUAACACUUUGUCCAAGCUAUUGGACAAGUUCGGUGAAAUCACCAAUAAAUUGGGCCCAAUGCUAAACUCCUUCAUGGGCGCGGGUAAUGUCGAUAUCUCUGGCAAAUUGAAUGAAUUGAAAGCCAAUGUGGAAACAAUUAGACAACAAUUCACAGACCCUGACCUGACCACUUUUGUCUGCGUGUGCAUCAGUGAAUUCUUAUCUUUAUACGAAACCGAAAGACUGAUCCAAGAAUUGAUCUCCUACGACAUGGACGUCAAUUCCAUCAUCGUCAACCAGUUGCUAUUUGCAGAAAACGACCAAGAACACAACUGUAAGAGAUGCCAAGCCAGAUGGAAGAUGCAAAGAAAGUACUUGGACCAAAUCGACGAACUGUACGAAGAUUUCCACGUCAUCAAGAUGCCAUUGUGUGCUGGUGAAAUCAGAGGGUUGAACAACUUGACAAAGUUUUCGCAAUUCCUAGACAAGGAAUACGACCCUGUUGCUGACGGCAAGGUUAUUUACGAGCUAGAAGAUAAGGAAUAG